CACUUUGACUAGAGAGACAAGAAAGACAAUUUCAUUCAGCAAAGAAAAUGCUUCACUAAAAGGAGUAAUGGGGCAGAAAUGCAUUUAUUAUUGCUCUUAUCUAUAGGCUUUAUAUCUGGAAGAAACUAUUGAAUUUCCAGCUGAUCUGGAUUCUUUUUAAACUUGCCAAAUCUGUCACAAGGGUGUCAGGCAUUUCAUACUUUACUUCUACAAAGCUAUAGAAACCUCCAAGAGAGUUGGAUUUAACAAAAGUCUAGAGCGCUACAAUUUUUUGAAAAAGGGACCUAGGAAUUGUGAGAAAAUGCUACAGACCUUGUUAAACUUUUUCUAACAUUGUCCUUUAUCCUUCUAUCCUGAAAUGAUGUUUAAAGGACAGUGAACUGUGCUUUACAGUUAGGCAAAAACGACAGAGAUUAUGACCGUCUCAUCUCUUCUUGUAGUGAUCCUCAGUAUUACUUUGCCCCCUCUCUCUCUUUGCUUGGACUGGAGAUGUUUGGAUGAUUACUAUUUAGCUGAUGAUAACUUCACAUGUGCUCCUCCUCCACCUUACCUGAUCUUCAGCCAUGGUAAUGCAAUAUUCAAGAUUGACAGAGAAGGGACAAACCACCAAAGGAUUGUGACAAACUCCGGGCUCUCAGUUCUCUUGGAUUUCCACUACAGGAAUGGAGAGAUCUACUGGGCAGAUACUGAGAGAGGCCUAUUGCAACAGGCCUUCAUAAAUGGCACAGACAGAAAGAUUGUACGGGCUGUGGGGGAAGGUCUCCUGGGCUUUGCUGUGGAUUGGUUGCACAACACAAUCAUCUGGACUAAUCAGAAGAAAGGAACCAUUGAAAUGUCGAAUUUACAUGGCAAAAAUGCCAAGGUCCUUCUGAAAAAUCUAACCUUUCCCACCUUCAUGGCAGUCGAACCAGAGGAAGGGUACAUGUUUUGGGCUACAGAAGGUUCUGUUCCGAGUAUUCAUCGUGCAAAUCUAAAUGCCACAACAGCCAUCUCCAUUGUCAAGCCCUGGUCCAAAGUGAAGUCUUUGACAUUGGAUCUCAUUGACAAACGACUCUACUGGGUUCAACGUGACACUGAGAAUAUCUCAAGCAGCAUUGGGUCAUGUGACUACACUGGAGGCUCAGCUCAGAUCAUCAAACAUUCGAUACGCCACUGGCCAUUUGGAAUUUCUCUUUUCGAGGAACACGUGUACUACUCAGAUUGGAAGACGGGCACAAUUCGCCGAGCAAACAAGUUCACUGGGAAGGACAUAGUCGUCAUCAACCCUAGACGGUCCUUUCUGCCGCCAGCUGAUCUGAAAGUGGUGCAUCCAUCCCGCCAGCCGACAGCUGGAACAGACCCACAAUUAGCAGAAAAUGAAACAGGAAGCGUUUGCAAGAAAAGCUUCAAUGGAACGUGCUGCAAGUGUAAAGAUGGUUAUGUUCUCAGUGAUGAUCAGAAAUCAUGUCGAGAUGUCAACGAGUGUGCUUUUUGGAACCAUGGAUGCACCUUGGGAUGUGAAAAUGUCCCUGGCUCUUAUCAUUGCUUCUGUCCAAAGGGGUUCGCACUGCAGCCCGAUAUGAAAACAUGUCAGGCUCUUACUCCGUGUUUGGAGAAUCACACUGACUGCAACCAUGACUGCACACAGAACUCUGAGGGAGCAAUCUGCCUCUGUCCACCAGGAUCUGUUUUAGGAUCAGAUGGCAAAACAUGUUCAGGCUGUAUGUCGCCAGACAAUGGAGGCUGUAGCCAGAUCUGUGUACCACAGGGUGCAACCGCUUGGAAAUGUGAAUGCCUGCCCGGCUAUAAUCUGCAGCUUGACGAACAACACUGCCGUGCUUCAGGUCCCAGCCCAUUCUUGAUAUUUGCAAAUAAUCAUAAUAUGCGGUGCAUAAACUUUGAUGGGACAGAUUAUCAUACUGUGCUGGAAAGACAGAUGGGCCGAGUCUUAGCACUUGAUUAUGAUCCAGUUCAAAGUAAGCUUUAUUUUGCUCGCACAGGCUUGAAACAGAUUGAAGUAGCUAAUCUGGAUGGUACUGAGCAUGAGAAACUCAUUAGCAAUGAUGUGGAUUUGCCUGAAGGACUUGCUGUGGACUGGAUUAACCGCAAAUUAUACUGGAUUGACAGAGGGUUAUCGCACAUAGCAAGGAGUGGGCUCGAUGGUACACAGAGAGAAGUGAUUAUCCGUGAGGGUGUCGACAUGCCAAGAGGAAUCGCUGUCCAUCCAUUGGUUAGGAAGCUAUUCUGGACUGUGUGCGGAGAUGGACCUAGAAUAGAAAGCUGUUCUCUGGAGGGUGAACAGCGUCUGGUGAUUGUUGGCAGUAAUCUCGUUUGGCCCAGUGGAAUAACCAUAGACUACCUGUCUGACAAGCUGUAUUGGUGUGAUGCCAAACGUUCUGUGAUCGAGAUGUCAGAUCUGAAUGGAUCAAACCGUCGGAUACUUGCACAGAUCGAAGUAGGACGACCAUUUGACGUAGCAGUAUUUGAAGACCACGUCUGGUUUACAGACUGGCGUAAGUCUUCUCUGAUGAGAGUUGACAAGUGGACUGGUCACAACAGAGUGAGACUCCGAGGCAGUAUGCGAAGACCUUCAGCGAUUGUUGUCGUUCACCCAUUAGCCAAGCCAGGUGCUGAUCCUUGCCUGUAUAAGAACGGUGGAUGUGAUCACGUCUGUGAGAAUAGGUAUGGAGCUGCUCACUGCCGAUGCCGCAACAGAUUCCAGAAGAAAGCAAAUGGACGAUCAUGUCAACUUGAAAAUGUUUCAACCACCGUGGAUCCCAGGAUUUCCUUUUCCGCCAAGGUGAAUUUGUCAUCAACCGCCGGAUUACAAGAUGAAAAUCUGUCCAAGUUCGCAGGCAGCUCCUCCAUUACCAGUAACAUUGAAGAUAUGAGUACUCCUGAACACCAGCCAAAAUCCACACUUGUGGCAGAGAUAAUGGUAUCAGAUCAAGAUGACUGUGGUGUCUUGGAAUGUGAUCUCAAUGCUCGAUGUAUUGUCUCAGAAGGAAUUGCUAAGUGCCAGUGUUUGGAAGGAUUUGCUCUGCAUGGCAACAAUUGCAAUGAUAUUGAUGAAUGUGCUACUGGCAUGGCAUUGUGCAGUGAACAUGGAACAGGCUGUAUUAACACAGAGGGCAGCUUUGUCUGUAAAUGUCAUCCUGGUUAUGGUGGUGGUGGUGAUGGACUCUUCUGUUACGAUAUUAAUGAAUGUAAAACUGGGGUGCAUAGCUGUGAUGAAAAUGCUAUCUGCACCAAUACAGAUGGAAGUUACACCUGUACAUGUUACGGAGGAUUUAUAGGGACAGGGUAUCAUUGUUUACGUGUGAUCAGCUCUGCGCCGACCACUGAAAGUUCAACAGAAGUUACUACCAGGAGCAACACAGAUGAAACAACUACAAGUAUGCUGGAGAAUCACGAGAUGAACUGUCCACUUUCACACGAGGGCUUCUGUCUGAACGGAGGGAUUUGCACACAUUUUGCUGAGAUAGCAACAGUUUCAUGCAACUGUCCAAAGGGUUACGUGGGAGAGCGGUGUGGGUACAGUGACCUACAGUGGUGGGAACUGCGCCGUGUCGAGGAAGAGAAGAAGCGUAAUGUGGUUAUAACUGUCUGCGUGAUGUUGCUAAUCUGCCUGCUGUCAGUGGGAGCUUGUGUAACGUACUGCAUCAGGUGAGUGUAAAUGGGGAAUACA